AGGUGGACAUUAAUACUCAUUUGUAUUGGCUUACAUAAAGUUCCUUGCUCUGAUGGCCACGUAUCAUUUCAAAUUACGUCUCUGUAUAUAUAUCUGAAAAACGCGAAUGCUUAGUAAACAGUGUUGUUCUCUAGGACAAACAGAAGCUAAACAAGAUGCAGAGAUAUUUUAUUGUUGUCGGUGCUCUACUGUGUUUCAUUAACAUUGCCUGUGCGAUUGACCAUUAUGCCAUAGCCUACAAUUAUUUCGAUGAGAUGGCCCAGAAUUAUUGCGCUGCAAAAAGUGACGGCUGGGUGUUCAGUUUGCGACGUGAUUGUGCCGGCGUGGGUCCAACGUGUAACGACAUCUGGUUGCGUGCUUCGAUGGCUUUACCAUUAACAAACACCACAAUCAACUGCGAGCUAACCCAACCCCGUAUAUACAGCCAGACGCAAGAUAGGUUAGUUUCGCCACCUAUGGUUAUGGUUCUGGCGGAUGUACCUGGCCACCAAAUCACUGUGGACCAAGCUACUGCUGUUGCAAAGCGUUUUGAUUAAAACAAUCUACAUCACAGUUUUUGGACAUCGCUUAUUUUGUAUUAAUAAGUUGCUUUUAUGUAAUAUGCAAUUUUUAUUGCUAACGAUGUAUGGACAAAAUGAUGCAUGUAAUGUAGCUAUUAAACAGUUUGACGUAAUAUUUUUUAAGGUUUUGGAGCUUAAGGUAAAAUAAGUUGUAAAAUUAUGACGCAAAAACUGUGUGAUUUUUCCAAACAGUAGUUAUAAUCAAUAUCCGUUUUAAAAAGUUCUACAGCACGGAUAGUAAAAUAUUUUCAUAUUUCCUGUUCCUAUUUCACUGUUAACUAAUGUAAUUCCGAUUAAGUAAAAUAAAAACAAA